UGAAGUGCAAUUUCAAUUGUUAAAAUUAGCACUGUCUACAAUACUUGAUGUUUAUGACUUUUGAGACUGUAAUGCCCUGUGGGACAACCUGGACUUCUCAUACAUGUCCAAGUCCACAAUACCCAGAAGAACAGCUGGACUUUGUCCUGAAGGGAAUCCUUGGGUGCUAUUAGGAGAAUUUUAGUUCUGCACUCCUUCCUUUUCUGGCAAAAACAUACUGUGUACAAUGGGCUGACUCUUGGAUCCAAAGCAAAUUUAUAUAAACAACAUUUUUCUGAUUUUUGCAAAUGAAGCCUCCAAAAUGAAUCAGUGUACAAAGAGUUGCUCUGUAUGCUGUCAUCAUUCCACUGAUAUCAUGUUUUUCUUGGAAAGCCAAAUUCUUUGAAAGGAUCUCUGCAAUUUCAUUCAAGAUAUAGGGACCAUCCAACAAAGACAUGGAUACUGAAAAUGCAACCCUGCUGACAGAGAUUGUUCUCACAGGACUUAUAUAUCAACCAGAGUGGCAAAUUCCUCUGUUUCUCUUGUUCUUGGUGAUAUAUCUCAUCACCGUUGUGGGGAACAUUGGUCUGGUUACUCUCAUUUGGAAUGACUCUCGACUUCACAUCCCCAUGUACUUGUUCCUCGGUUGUUUAGCAUUUGUGGAUACGUCACUCUCAUCCACAGUGACCCCCAAAAUGCUGGUCAGCUUCUUCACCAAGAGUAAGAUGAUAUCUUUCUCUGAAUGCUUGGUACAAUUUUUUUCUUUUGUAGUCACUGCAACCACAGAAUGUUUUCUCUUGGCAAGUAUGGCAUAUGAUCGCUAUGUAGCCAUAUGCAACCCUUUACUUUAUCCAAUGGUUAUGACAAAUAGACUAUGUAUCCGGCUGUUAGUCUUAUCAUUUGUAGGUGGUGUUCUUCAUGCCUUAGUUCAUACAGGUUUUUUAUUCAGAUUAACCUUCUGCGGUAACAACAUUUUACACCACUUUUAUUGUGACAUAAUGCCACUGUUUAAGAUUUCCUGUACUGACCCUUCUUUUAAUAUAAUGUUGGCUUUUAUUUUCUCUGGAUCAAUACAGGUGUUCACCAUUCUAAUUGUUCUUGUCUCUUAUACACUAGUGCUUUUUACAAUCUUAAAAAAGAAGUUUGUACAAGGCAUAAAGAAAGCCUUCUCCACCUGUGGAGCUCAUCUCUUAUCUGUCUCUUUAUACUAUGGCCCCCUUCUCUUCAUGUAUGUGCGGCCUGGAUCUGCACAAUCAGAUGAUCAAGAUAUGGUGGACUCUCUAUUUUACACGGUCAUAAUUCCUUUGUUAAAUCCAUUUAUCUACAGCCUGAGAAAUAAGAAAGUCACAGAUUCACUGACAAAAAUGAUAAAGAGAAAUGCAUAGUUGUCAGGGUAAUAUCUGUUCUCACUACUUAAAACAGUCACAAAAUUGCACAGAUUAGAUG